AUGGCACCUGCAGCACCACCGCUCCCUUCGCGAUUCCCAUGUUGGUGUAGAGCUGUUUACUCAUGGGGUGGAGAGUCAAAACGAGAUCUGGGAUUCAUCGAAGGAGAUUUGAUAGAAUGUCUGAAUGCUGGUGAUGGCUCAUGGUGGGUGGGCAGACUAUACCGUGAUCGACGAACAGUUGGAUCUUUCCCCUCCAACUUUGUUGAACUUCUACCUUCUCAAUUCCGUCCGACGACCAAAUCUGUUCCUACGCCAGCCUCGAAUAAUGCGCCAAGCAGUGCGCCUUCAAAAUCGAGAACCUUUCGAAAGCCUUUUGAAGCAUACGCCAAGGCUCCUCACUACACCAGUGCCAAACAACCCGAGGUCUUCAAAGAGACACCGAAACCCAAGGAACGACAAAACUCAGGUGCCUCAUUCGCACCUAGCCCUCAUGAGAAUGAACGAGGACCAUCGCCUGCCCCACCAAGACACGAUCACCGAGCUCCCUCACCGGCACCUUCUCAUCACUAUGGCUCACGGGCUCCGUCUCCAGCACCGCCUAUGCACAGUUACCAAUCGAGAGCGCCUUCGCCAUCACCCAUGAACAGUUAUCAGUCAAGGGCUCCCUCACCGGCACCACCAAUACAUAAUUAUCAAUCGAGAGGCCCUUCACCGGCACCACCAAUGCAUAGUUACCAAUCCAGAGGUCCUUCACCGGCACCGCCUAUGCAUAACUACCAAUCUAGAGGACCCUCACCGGCACCUCCUCACAACUACGGCGGCAGAGGUCCUUCUCCUGCUCCACCAAUGCACCAUGGACAUAGCUAUGCUGGUAGAGGACCAUCACCUGCGCCUUCUUUCAACAAUCGUGCAAUGGUACCCUAUCGAGGAGGACAACAAAGAGGUGGUGACUCUCCACCACCGCCUCCCCCGCCUCCUCACAGACAAAUAGCGAGGGGUGGAUCAAUCGAUUUGCAUAGGAGCUCUUUUGAUAUCUCACGACAUGGAUCUAAUGCCUCAUUCAAUCCCUUAUCGCCCUCAAGACAAAACUCCAAUAACUCUCACCGGCCGCCACAGCCACCCAACCCACCUAAAGCACAUCUAAGGCAUGGGUCUUUUGACGACAGGUCUUAUACGCCGUACACACCAGGCACUUCUACUCCCGUCCCACCGUCCCCUGCAGGAGGCAUGACGCCCUCGCCUCUAAGGGAGGCUAUGGAUGGUGUUAUGGAACAAUUAGACGUUUUGGGUGGUGGUCUCAACCGGGCAGCGCAGCCAUCACCGGCACCUGCUGCCGAUCCUUGGUCUCCAGAAUCUUUUGACAUGCUGUCUCACGGGUCAAACAGGAGAAUACCAGAUCGAACCAGGCCUAAAAGCUCUAUGGGUAUUGCACCACAGGACGAAGGCUACGAGACAUGGAGCGGCGAGUCUUCUCAGGAAGUGUCUUAUCAAAAUGGCGGACGAGACGACAAACUCAGCAGCUAUGUUGAUCGCAUGGAGAAGCGCUUCCAGCAAAUGCACCGCCAAAACUCGAGAGCGAGCGAGCAAGAUGAUGAUCAGCCGCCUCCUCCACCCCCUAAGAAUGUGCCGUUCGAGCGACCCAAGUCAUCCAUGAGUCGCUCUGGCGAGCCUGAACGUAAGCUGCGGGCUCGCAAGUCAGCUUAUGAGAUUGGAAGAGGAGUUGCACGAACACUUACAACGAAGACCACCUCGACCAAUUCCUCGUCAGGUAAAGAGAGCAAUAUCAGCGCAUCAACUCAAAGCACUUCUAGGACAUUGUGGAGUGGAACGUCGGCAGGUGCUUUCAGUACUACUAGUGCUGGAAGCCUUGCUCGUCUAGGCAACCGUGGACGUGCUCAAAGUGCUAUUGGCGCGAGAGACCUGGAGAUUGACAGACCUGAUUCACCUUUCACAGGAGUCACUUACCACAGCAGCCAUGCUAGUGACUCUCCAGCUCAGCAACAACGACCCCAAACUCAAGUCGGAUUCCACGAGGAUCCCUCCUUGGAAUUGGGAGGCUUAGUACAACCGAAACCCCCGAAGCGAAAUAUCUUCCGCAAGAUUUUUGACACUGCCAAAACGGGCGUUGCAAACAGCCGAGGUGGAGUUGUGGGUGGUGGCAUGGACUCCCCCAGAUCGCCUUUUGCUCGUUCAAUGCCAGCGGGAGCAUCGCCUCUGCCUGGCAUGGGCAGUACGCCUGCCAGCAGAGAUACUGUGACUGACAUGGGUCUCGGUGCUGGUGUCGAUUGGGUACAAGUUCGUCGUGACGUGAAUCGCUCCAACUCGCUCAGUACAAUAGAAUUGACUGAGCGUCGCGAACGAUGUCAAAUGAUGGAUCAUCCCGCCCUGAACCCUGUCGAUGAGCUUUACGACGGCGUCGAGGGAGAUGAAGGAGCCGACGGAGAGCCAGUCCCCGAACCCAUCAACUACCAAGCGAUUAACUUAUCCCAAGUGGACAAAAAUUCGCGCUUUAUUAGUGGUCUUCCUCCUGCCAUUACCGCCAUUCAGCUCGCUACUACAUACGUGUGUCGACCUUACCGGAGUGACGUUCAACGGUUACGCGCUAUCUUCACAUGGGUUUCUGAGAAAAUCACUUGGGAAGAAGACUUCGAGGGAGAGAUCAACACGACACGAGUCAUUCAGUCCAAGAGAGCAUGCGCUGAAGAGUAUGCGGUUUUGGUGAUGGAGAUGUGUGCUGCCAUUGGUAUUCACUGUGAGAUUGUGCGAGGUUAUCUCAAGUCUCCGGGUGAGGUUUCCGAAAUCAACAUCAUGCCUCGCCCCAACCACUGGUGGAACACUGUCUUGAUUGACAACGAAUGGCGCAUGAUCGAUUGCUGCGUUGCCAGUCCCUCUUAUCCUCGGCGAGGCCUGUAUUCCAACGCGACCAAUGCCGCCGACAGUUGGUGGUUCUUGACGAGACCAUUAGAAAUUUGCUGGACCCAUAUUCCUGAGCACCAUGAGCAACAGCAUAUCGUUCCUCCUGUGGCACAUGAGACUCUCCUCAACCUACCUUGUGCAUGUGCGCCCUUCUUCCGCAAUGGAUUCGAAAUGGUGGAUUACAACACUGCCUCGACCAGGAUAGAGGAUCUGGAGAUGGUUCAUAUCAAGUUCAGUGUCCCAUGCGACGUAGAGAUCGCUGCUGAAGUUGAAGUCCGGGGCUACUCACGAGACUCGGAUGGAGAUGUGUUUGAAAGUGGCGAAAUAGUUAAGAAGAGGGCACUGGCUCAGGCAGAGUGGUUCAACGGCAUCAAGCGGUAUACGGUCAAGGCCCUCCUACCUGGCGAUGAAGGUCAAGGAACCCUGAAGAUUUACGCAGGCAAGCGUGGACUUAUGCACAGCAUCAAGGACAUUCCACACCCUCUUGCUUUUGCCCUGCCUAUUGUCCACACCGGCGAAAACCCGCCUUAUGAGUUUGUCACUAGACAUCCUACUCCUCACGCGCAGCGACAUGAUAUCUAUGUGGUUCAACCGCAAUGCCAGAGACUGGCUCUCAAUAACACGUUUGUGUUUGCCAUUAGACAACAUCCCAGCUCACUAGCAGGUGGAUCAGCACUCACGCCGUCAUCUAAUCCAGGAGCCACCAGUCCUAUUCCAUUCGUUCGUCCUAGUUCGGCGCUGAGCAUGGGUGCGUCAAGUGUUGUUAGUGGCUCGGCCCCAAGCUCAGCUACGGGCACUGUUGCUGGGAAGAAGCCCGCCAAGUUGGCAAUUCAAACACCUGGAGGCAAGAUUCUCCGUCUUAUGAGGAAGGAGGAUCGCAAGGGCAUUCAUGUCGGUGGCAGAAGUCUCUCGGGUAGUGAAACCGCUAGUGACGGUGGAACAUGGGAGACAAUCAUCAAGUGUUCUGAGAAGGGUGUAUGGAGAGGCCUUGUGCUUGCAGACCGCACGGCACGAUGGUGUGUCUUUGCUGAAUGGGCCAUGAGCUACAGGCCGUACCAUGGCCAAGGGCAGGGCCAGCACGGCUCGCAGCAGCAGCAGCCGCUGCCAGUGCCUGGGAUGAAUCCACCCUCAUCGUAUCUGCCAGGCGGUUAUCAACAAUUUACGAGUCCGCAACAACAGCAGCAACAAUACUACUCGAUGCCCCAACAGCAAGGACAGCAGCAGCAGCAACAACAGGCGUACCUUCAGCAGCAACAGAUGGCGCAGUAUGGGGGUAUGCAGACGGGUUAUCAGGGAUAUGAUGCAACUGGGCAGGCAUAUGGAAGUCAUCAGUUACAGCCAGCGGCAGCGCAAUAUGCUCCCCCAACGAAUUUAUGGCAACAUCAGCAGCCGCCAGGCGGGCAGAAUAUGAUGUAUCAGCAGCAGUUCCAGCAGCCACAUCACCAGCAGCAGCAGCAGCAGCAGCAGAUGUACCAAAGGCACGUCGCGUCACCGCAGCAGCAACAGCAGGUCCAACAGAGACGUUCCAGCCAGCAUAUGGCUUCGCCGCAGCAAUUAGCGCCAGCGACUCCAAAGAACCAAGGGUACAGACUUCCUCAUCCGCAGGCGCAAGGGCAGCAGCAAAACCACAGCCAUCAGUAUUCACAGCAGCAUCUGCCACAGCAACAAUACCAGCCCCAGCCCCAACAACACUCUCAUAUUCAACAACAGCCCCAAACGGUCGUCCCUACACCUUCGCCCCAGCCUGUUCAAAGGCAAAUUUCCUCGCCGGUCCAGCCACAAGUGCUACGGGAGACGCAACACAAUCAACAGCCCCGCCAAGACUUUCAUCGACAGCCACAGCAAACAGCUCCGCAGCCUGCGCAAAAGGCAAUCCAAGAGCCUCCUGUCGAGAUCAAACCCGACACCCAGUCCGAGGCCGCGCCAUACCAACCUGUUCAGGCUGCGCCGGAGCAGAUGCAUUUUGUGAAUUUGCAGGAUAUUCAGAAACUGCCCCAACUCCCCCCUGUCGCGAUGGGACAGAAGCAAAGCACGACUGUUCCUACUUCACAGCCUGAACAGGACAGGACCUGGACUCCCCAAAAUGAUGCCAGCACUAUAAAUCCAUCUGAUAUCAUGCUGAGUAGCCCCCAAGUUCAACCACUUCCACCACCUCAGCCUCAAUCUCAACCACAGCCACAACUUCAGCAGCAAUCCACACCUCAACCUCAACCACCCCAACAGCCAGCGCAAGCUCAACCGCAGAUGACCACUCCUCGAAUAAAACCCAGCCCGCUUUCUUCCGUCACAAACUCCCCAGCUAUCAGCGCUCGCUCUCCGAGUAUCACCAAGAAGUCACCGGCGACUACCCCUAAGGCUCGAUCCGUAGACACCGUGCAUGUCAUGGUCGCAGUAGCGGAAGAAUGCUUUGAGAAGGCCCGUAGUUCUGUACAUGAUGUUGCCAUGUCCAUGAAUGCUACACGCAUAGAAGAGUACCAAAAGUUGAUCUCGACUGGUCUAGCAUGCUUAGAGGCGUGUUUGCAAAGUAACAGGUUGUCUCCUCGCCAAGAAGCUAAGAUGCGUCUGAGAUAUGCUACUGUUCUAUUGGAAGAGACGGAGAAUUCGAUGGAAGCUGAGACUGCCAUUACGAAAGGCAUCUCACUUUGCGAAAAGAAUGGCUUGGCCGAUCUCAAAUACUGUAUGCAUUAUAUCAGACUGAAGCUUUUGUUUCAGCGUAAUCACAAGGCUGCUCUGAAUGCAGCUGAUCGACAGAUUGCUGACUGCGAGACCUAUAAACACCCCCAUUGGGUAUAUGCAUUCAGGUUAUUGAAGACCUCCUUCUAUAUGGAGCUUGGCCAAACAGCUGAUGCCAGCGCUCUCGAGAACAUUCGCGCUAUCCAGGUGACUGCGAACGCUCGCGGCGAUAACGCGCUGUGCGUAUUUGCCUCUAUUCUCGAAGGGCUCACUCUAUUGAAAGCUUCCAAGGAUGGUAACCUCGAAAAGGUCCAAACCUGCAUCGCUCAAGUGGCCAAGUUUCAAUUCGAUGAUUCGGUCCAUAUAAUGCAGCUCGAUAUACUUACACUACUUUUGGAUCUCGCGUCGAGCAUCAAUCACUCUAGUCUAGAAUUGACUUGCCAGAAACUUAAGAUGCUGCAAGAUCGUAUGGACCAGUGUAGGGAUUGGCACAAUGUCAAGUCAGACUUUUUUAUUCCCGUCCGGAAGCAACCUUCCACGGGGCAUACUAUCAGCAGCGAUACAGCUGGUAUUGUUCGAAGUGGAGGGGAUGCGCCGGUGGACUACUUGGUUAUGUCGUUUAUGACCAAGAUGGAGCUAGCUUCUCUCAUCUUUACCUUUACAGGCUUGGUAAACAUGCAUAAGUCGACAGCUCACGGCCGUAGGACGGCUGAGUUCUGGCAAGAAGGUGUCAGAGUACUUGAUGGCUGGGAUAACACAACGGCUGGGAUCCCAUAUGGGCCCUCCACGUCUUUACAAGAUGCCAUGUCGCAACGAGAGUGGCGAUUAGAGGCUCAGACCUAUCUUACCGUUCUACUUGGUCUUUACGCAGCGAGUCACUGCCAAUGGGACUUGGUGAGGCAAGCCGUGCAGAAACUUGAGGUUCUUAUGACACCAUCUAUUCAAGGUAUAUUGCGGCUACUCACUCUCUAUCUAUCUGGCGUCUACUGCCAGGCUAUCGGGGAAUUACACGAAGCUAUGAAGGUUUUCCAAAAGCCUGACUUCGACCUGGACCGACGUGGAACCGGCAUCAAAGCUGCACAUCGCGAACUGGCUAUGCUCGCUGGCCUCAACAGACUUUGGAUCAUGCAGCAUCCGAGCGAGAGGAACGACCCCGAAACGCUCGAUCUGAUAGACCGACUGUACCCUCUAUGCGCCAACCAUCACAAUGUCGAUCUGCGGACAGCUUGGCACAACGUCAUGGCCGCCAUCGUCACGGAACCUCCCCAACAACUCAACCACCAGAAACAGCAUAUACAGGCUGCCAUGGCAGGAUCCAAAUCCACUAAUAAUGUUUUGGGAGCAGCCGUCACGCUCGCCAUUAUGCGCAGUCGAUUGUUCGAGAACGUCAUUGGUGAGCAAGCACUCAAGUCUGCCAUGGCGGCAGCGAAACAGGCACAACGCAGCGGCAACGUUCUGUGGCAGAGUGUCGCAGACGGCAUGCUUGCUCAGUCGUACGAAGUACAGGGCCAUCACCAGCAGGCAGCGCAUGAAUGGGGCAAGGCCACGAGGGAAGCACAAGAUGCACUCCCAGGGGCCUAA